AGCAAAUUUUUCCAGGUGGAGCAGCUUCAGGAGGCCACGUGUUGCCUCUUCAUUGGCUGUUGAAGAAUCAGAUAAUGGGUUCGGGAAGCCAAUGGGUGUGCGACACGUGUCCAGAGAAUAUGAAAAAGGCUACAAACCGUUGAGGGGAGCAGAGGAGAGAGUGCUUUUGGCUGCCAGCUGCAUGGUAGUGGGGACGGUACCUGGGGCUGCAGGUGGGUGCUGGAGGUGGAGUGCUUUUCAGAGGAUGCUUUUCCAUUAGAGAAGGGGCGGCAGAGAUCUUGACAGGGGGAGAGCUUUUGUUUGGUUCUUUUUGGGAGGAAGAAAAAGAGAGCAGAGGGUUUUUUUUUGGUUCUUUGGAGAGGAAGGAUUCUGGAGAGGGAGGAAAGAAAAAAAGCCAUUCUUGGGUUAACUGAAGAGAAAAUGGAGAGAUAUUUUGAGAAAGAAAAGCUUGGGCAGCUUUGACUGGGAGAGGGAGUAAGCUAGAAGAGAGUGGUGCUUUUGGUUACGGUUUUUCAGGCAGAGAGGAGGGAGUUUUUAGAGACACUUGAGAGGAGAGGAGCUUUUGUUUUGGUUGUUUUGGCAGGAGCUCUAGGAGCAGGCCGUUAGAGUGUGUAAAGGAGCAGAGAGCUUUAGGGAGAAGAAAGGAAGAAACAGAGAGAGCUUUAGCUGAGGAGAAGAGCAUGGAUCUGAGGAGAGGAAGAACAUACUAAGAAGACGAAACUUUCAGAGCACAUUGAGAUUAGACUUCUUCAGUUGAGGUUCACCAUGUCGGACGAGAUCACACCCAUUACUCUUACUGCUCUUUAUGAGAUGAUGGUGGAUUUGACGCGGAGGGUUGAGAGGAUUGAGCUCAUUUUGUCAGGGCAUCCAUCGUCAUCGAGAGGAGCUCCAGGAGUAGCGAUGCCUUCAUUGCCACACUUGACUUCAUCGACACCUGCUACUUUGGGUGCCUCACAUCCACGGUCUCGCCCACUCCAGCAGCAUUCCUCAUCCAUUUCACUGGCUACGCUGGCACGACCUCCAUCCUGGCUUCGGGGCCCUCCGGUCGUUACAGUUCCUCAGGAUCGAUUUCCUUCCCAUCGACGAUGUCGGAGACACUUUUCAGAUUUGAGCGCACCCCUGAGUAGAGUUUUUGAGAUGUUCCAGGCCAUGGGAUUUUUGGCUCCUCUGGCUCCUAGGACACUUCCAGAUCCUGUGCCCCCACAGUUUUGUCUUGAUUUAUAUUGUGCGUACCACCAGUCAGUAGGACAUCACACUGAUCGUUGCACUGCUCUACGACAUGCCAUACAGGACAUUGUUGAUUCUGGGACGUUUGGGCAUCCUCAGUCUGAUAUGUCUCUUAUUUCUACCCCAGCUCAGGCCAUGCAUGCAGACGCCCCUUCACCAGUAGUCCCUGAUCUUAUUGACUUGGGCGAUUGACUCAUGACUGGCUUACCUUGGUGCGGUGGCACUCAGAUUUUGUCCCUUCUAUGGCCAGAGAUAUGAUGACAGGACCAGUCACUGUUUUUGUUUUUGUUUGUUUAGUCUUGUUUUGCUUUGACUUUUAGAGACUAUAACUCGAUUCUUGAGUAUUGUCUUUGUUAUCCUUCUUUUGCAUGAUGUACUCAUCGGAUUAUC